AUGACAUUAGAAAGAGUAUCAAACCCUUCAAGAGAAGUAUUAGAGUCAUUCAUUUUAAAGAGUCAACCCUUUAUCAUUACAGAUGUAGCAGACAAAUGGCCAUGUUAUAGUAAUUGGAGAUCAAAUUAUGAUUAUCUUCCAUCAAAGUUGGGUGAAAGAGAAAUACCAAUGAGAGAACUUGGUUAUAAUGUUGGUGAAUGGUUAGGAAAGACAAGUAAUGUAAAGUUUUCAGAGUUUUACAAGUUGUGGAAAGACAAUCAAAAUAAUCAAUCGACACCAACAACAACAACGACAGCUGAUACUACUAAAAACCCAUUGUACUAUCUUGCAAGUUUACCAGUACGUACCUAUUUUCCAGAGUUGGAAAGUGAAUAUACAGUUCCUGAUUUUGCAAAGGAACAAAACAAAUCAGCUAAUCUUUGGAUUGGAUCAGCUGGACAAGUCACACCAUUACAUCAUGAUUGGUCAACUGGUGAUCCUGGUAUGGAUGGUUUGCAUGCAAUUAUAAUUGGUAAAAAUUAUUUAAACUUUAUGAUCCAGCAAUUAAUAGAAUGGGGUUUAUUCCAUCAUGCGUUGGUGGAUUGCGAAUCACCUAAUCUCGAAAAGUAUCCAGAGUUUGCCAAUGCACAGGUGAUCGAUGUUAUUUUAGAGGCUGGUGAAAUACUUUUUAUUCCAAAGUUGUGGUGGCAUCAUGUGAGAACAUUGGAGCAUGCCAUUAGUUUGAAUUUUUGGUUCCAACAUAUUGGUAGUGAGAAAUUAAAAUGUACAAGGUUUUGGCCACACAUGGAAGAAUAUUUAAAUGCCAUCUAUAAUAUGGAUAUGAAAGAGGAGAGAAUGACAACACUAUUAAUGUACUUUGCUGAUGGAUAUUCACAAAAGAAUAAACCAACCGAGGCAGAUGUAAGAUACUAUAUCGACAACCCAAUCAAAUUUAUGCAAUUGCCAAAAUUCAUCCACGCCUUUGGCAACGCUGCCAAUAAUCCACUCGUCAAAUCACCCGAAGCCGAUCUACUGGCCACCGAGCUAAGAACAAUGGUAAAAGAAUGGAUAGAUAAUAAAGCAUUAUCAUUGAAUGAUAAUUCAUCUCAACCAAAGUAUAGUAACAAUAGUUAUAGCAAUCCAAUGAUUGACGAGUUUUUCGGAGAUCUCAUUAAAACAACAGACAAUAUAGUCAAGCAAACGCAAUCAUUGAAAAAUAAUAUACAACUCUAUCCAUUGGCCAAUUGUGAUGAUAGCAAUAACAACAACAACUCGAACGUCGUUGCACAUACGACCAUCAUUAAAAAGAUACACAAGAGACUUGAGGAUGUCGAUCACCAACUCAAACAUUUACUUGACGAUUGUAACUCUACACUUGGUAUCACUCCACACGCUUGCUCAAACACAAGCAAUACUGCAGAGUUAUUGGAAGCAUUUAAAUUAAUGUAUCAACAAAAUGAACAAUGGAAAAGUAAUAUUCAAUUACCAUUAUCGACAACAACAUCAACAAUAUCAACGACCAAUAGGAAUCUUAGUAGUAUGUCAUCGUCGUCAACAUCUUCACCUGUAAAUAAUAAUAAUAAUCUUCUAAACCCACAUCCAAUGGUUGCUCCAUCUAAAAAUGCUAUUCCGGCAAUUGUAAAUACUAAACCACCAAUGGCAGCCCCAACCACAACUACAACAACUACCCUUCAGCCACUUCCCAUGGCACCAAAAUCAAUCCUUUAUAAUAAUAAUCAAAAUAAUAGUGUCAACAGUCAGAGUAGCAACACUAAUACAACAAAUAAUAAUAAUAAUAAUAAUAAUGGUAACAAAUCACUCCCAAAGAUUGAAGUAUCAUCAGAGUAUUCUUUAAAUCUAUUAAAAUCAAAACUACCAUCUCCCUCGUCUUCUUCUUCUUCUUCUUCUCAAUCGACGACUACUCCUACUGUACAACAUGUUGCUACACCUGUAGCUCCAACGAUUACUCUACCCAUUUCUAAUCCUCCAGCACCUCCUCUUGUUAUUCCAAAACCUCCUUUGGAAAUGGUAAACAAGCCAGUUCCCACCAUAUCACCAAAUAUUAAUCCAACAGCCCCAACUCGACCAACCACUUCCACUCCUCUACACUCGGCAAUUAAAGCACCUGUAUUAAUAUCUACGACUACUCCACUCUUGGCUCCAACAACACCAGUUAAGAUUUCUGUACCUGUUGCUAAUCAUCCUCCUCCACCACCAACACCAACCCAUUCAAAUACACAACCUCCUAUAAUCAUGCCAACAACACCAAUACUUAUACAACCAAAGAUCAACACUACUACUACGACAACCACAACCAAUACAAUAGUAACAACAAAAAUUAUCAAACAUGUAACAAAAGAGGAAAUACAAGUACUGGAAAAUAAUUAUUUAACAAAAAUCGUUCAUUUGGAUAUAUUAAAUCAAACUAUUCAUUGCAUCAACGAAUUUUUAAAAAAGAAUCAUCAUCAUCAUGGUGGUGAACAACAACAUUUUAACGAAAGUAAUUUAAUCAACGACAUGAGUAUACCAACACCAGCAAAAUCAAAGCCAAUUCUAUUGUUGCUUCUACAACUUGGUCGUAUUGAAUCCAAAAAAACAAUAGAAGGCGACACUAUCUUUUGUUCGGUUGGUGUCAUAUGA